AUGGCGAAUCAGGGCUACGAUGUGGUCGUAGACGUUGAUGCAGAGGGCGACCUCGGGCAUACCGACCUCCAAGAGGACCUUGAAUUUCACCCAUCCAACUUUGAAAACGACCAACGAAACGCAAAAGCCCAGCAAGACUCCACCCCUUUCCUCGGCGGAGGCUCCUCCCGCGCCCGCGACAGGUCGCCGGGCGGUACACCCACCAAACACGCCUGGUGGUCCAUCCACUACUACUCGCAGUUCUUCGAUGUUGACACGAACGAGGUGCUCCGGCGCUGCCUCGCGACACUAUACCCGCGCAGCAACUUCCUCGACGUCCUGGAAGGCAACGCCGAUCUCUACGGGCCGUUCUGGAUCGCAACGACGGUGGUGGUGAUCCUGUUCCUGACAGGCACUAUCUCGCAGUGGAUGUCAAACAGGGGCGAAAAGCACUUCGAGUACGACUUCACCCUGCUGUCGGGGGCCGCGGGCUUGAUCUACGGAUACACGGGCAUCAUCCCCAUCGCGCUGUGGGGUGCGCUGCGCUGGUUCGGCAGCUCCACCGCGGACUUGAUUGAGUGCUGGGCCUUGUAUGGAUACUCGAACCUGGUCUGGAUUGCUGUUGCGCUGGUGAGCUGGAGUCCGCUGACAGCGCUCAACUGGGCGCUUGUUGGCGUGGGCUUCGGUUGGACUGUCGUCUUCCUGCUGAGGAACUUGUAUCCUGUGCUGAGUGCGACGGAUGCGAAGACGAGCAAGAUUCUCUUGAUCCUGGUCAUUGUUCUCCAUGCGGGCUUGGCGAUUGCCAUCAAGAUCCUGUUCUUUGCGCACGGAAGCCCUGUUUCCAAGAAGAACAAGGACAAGGACGACGACCAUCAUGACUAG